UUCUCAGACGUUCAAGAAACAGAGAGACAGAAACAUGGACCUCCUUUGGGUUGUUACAAUUGCUAUUUGUUUUAUGCCAUUUCUUCAUCUAGCAGAAUCUUCCACUGCUCAUUAUGACAAGAUUUUGACCCACAGUCGAAUAAGGGCACGUGAUCAAGGGCCAAAUGUCUGUGCUCUCCAGCAAGUUAUGGGAACCAAUAAGAAAUAUUUCAGCACGUGCAGGAACUGGUACCAGGGAGCCAUCUGUGGAAAGAAAGCAACGGUUUUAUAUGAAUGCUGCCCUGGCUAUAUGAAAAUGGAAGGAGAACGAGGAUGUCCUGCAGUGGCUCCAAUAGAUCACAUAUUUGGCACUUUGGGCAUUGUAGGAGCUACCUCCACUCAACAUUAUUCUGAGAUGUCGAAACUGAAGGAAGAAAUUGAAGGACCUGGCUCUUACACGUUCUUUGCACCAAGCAAUGAAGCUUGGAAUCUUUUAGAUCGUGAAAUCUACAAUGGUCUGAUUGAGAAUGUAAACAUCGAACUGUAUAAUGCUCUGCACAAUCAUAUGGUAAACAAACGGAUGUUGACAAAGGACUUUCGGAAUGGCAUGACUCUGGUGUCUAUGUACAACAAUCAAAAACUGCAUAUAAAUCACUAUCCCAAUGGGGUUGUGACUGUUAAUUGUGCCAGAAUCAUCCAUGGCAACCAAAUUGCUACAAAUGGUGUUGUUCAUGUAAUUGAUCGUGUGUUAACUCCAGUUGGCAAUACUAUUCAAGACUUCAUUGAAUCUGAAGAUGAUCUCUCCUCUCUCAGAGCUGCUGCCUUUGCAUCAGAUGUAAUGGAAACUUUAGGGAAGCCUGGACAUUAUACACUUUUUGCACCUACUAAUGAAGCAUUUGAGAAACUUCCACGUGGAAUCUUGGAAAGAAUAAUGGGAGACAGGGUGGCUUCUGAAGCUUUGAUAAAGUUCCACAUUUUAAAUACACUUCAGUGUUCUGAGGCCAUCAUGGGUGGGGCAGUCUUUGAGACCUUGGAAGGCAAUACAAUUGAAAUUGGCUGUGAUGGUGAAAGCUUGAUAAUCAAUGGAGUCAAAAUGGUGAACCGAAAAGACAUUGUGGCAAGUAAUGGUGUCGUUCAUCUCAUAGAUCAAGUGCUUAUUCCUGAUUCUGCUAAACAAGUUAUUGAACUUGCUGGUCCCCACCAAGCUACCUUCAAGGACUUGGUGGCUCAGCUUGGCUUGGCUGCAUCUCUACGGCCAGAAGAAGAAUAUACCCUCCUAGCUCCAUUGAAUGGGGCUUUUUCUGAUGAUACUUUAAAUAUGGAUCAGAGAAUCCUUAAACUGAUUCUGCAGAAUCACAUUUUGAAAGUGAAAGUUGGCUUGAAUGAUCUCUACAAUGGGCAACUCUUGGAAACACUAGGAGGAAAGAAGCUACGAGUAUUUCUAUAUCGAACAGCUGUGUGUUUUGAAAAUUCAUGCAUGAUUCGAGGAAGCAAAGAGGGAAGAAAUGGAUUUAUCCAUAUUUUCAGACAAAUAAUCAAACCAGCAGAAAGAACUCUGCAUGAAGUAUUGCGAUCUGACAAACGAUUCAGCCUUUUCCUCAGUCUUGUGGAAGCUGCAGGCUUAGAAGAGGUUCUAUCCCAGCCUGGUGAUUGGACUUUCUUUGUUCCAACAAAUGAUGCUUUCAAAGGCUUGACUGAACAGGAGAAAGAGAUUCUGAUAAGAGACCAAAAUGCUCUUAGGAAUAUUUUGCUUUAUCAUUUGAUACGAGGAGUUUUCAUUGCAAAUGGAAUUGAACCUGGUGUGACUAGCAUUCUUAAAACUAUCCAAGGUAGCAAACUAUAUUUGAAAAUGAUAAAUGACACUCUUCUGGUAAAUGAAGUGAAAUCAACAGAAUCUGAUAUCAUGGCAACUAAUGGUGUGAUUCAUGUCAUAGACAAGCUGCUGUAUCCUGCAGAUAUGCCAGUUGGAAAUGAUCAGCUUCUUGCAAUUCUCAGAAAAUUGAUUAAGUACAUUCAGAUCAAGUUUAUCCGUGGUAGCACAUUUAAAGAAAUUCCACUAACAUUUUACAAUAUUAAAAAAAUUACAAAGAUAGUUGGCGGUUCCACAAUUCGAAAGGAGAUUGAAGUGCCAUCCAUCACAAAGUUCACCAAAGUGAUUGAAGGGGAGCCAGAAUUUAAGCUGGUCAGGGAAGGAGAGACAAUAACUAAAGUGAUUCAUGGAGAGCCUAAAAUUAAAAAAUACACAAAAAUAAUUGAUGGACAUCCUGUGGAAGUGACUGAAAAAGAGGUGACUGAAGAAAGAAUUAUUCAAGAGAUUACCAAGGUGACUAAACUCAUUGAAGGUGAUGGUCAUUUACUGGAUGAUGAAGAAAUCAAACGAUUCCUCCAGGGAGCUGGAUCUGAGUACACUAAAGUUACUAAAAGAAUUGAAGAAGAACCACAGAUUAUCGAAACAGAAAUAAAGAAAAUUCAUCUGGAAGACAUCCCAGUAAGAAAAGUACAAUCAUCUAGAAAGACACAAGGAUCAGUACAGAGAAGAACAAGGGUUGUCCGUCCUGGCACAAGAAGACAGAAUCCACAGAAAGAGAACUGAAAAAGCUUCAAACAAUUUAAACAAUUUUUUAAAAAUUAACAAGGGAAAUCAUUUAUUAAUUCAUGUUGUUUGUAUUAGGAAUUGGGUAUAGUACUGUUUAAUAAAAUCUCAUAAAAUUUUACAUGUUAGAAGAAAUAAAUUUAGAAGUUAUCUGUUUUCUAUGAAUAACUGAUUAGAGUAGGUGUUCUGAAAGUAUGCAAACACAGAUAAGCUCCAUUGAUUUUGAUGGAUCUUAUUUCUGAGCCAUUGUAUUAAAUAACCUGAAUAGAAUAUAUAUAUAUGUAUCUCCAUUAUAUUGUUUAUGUACAGAAGACAACUAUAACAUUUCUGAAACAUUUGCCUUAAAAAUAAAAACAACCUUAUUUGAAUAAUUACUUCUGUUGGGAAGUAAUAUAUAAUAUAGAAUUCAGUUGAAAAUGUUUAUCUAUAAUACUAUGCUAUUAAUCAUUAUUAACAUGGGAUUGUUUGUAAAUUGUCAUUUUUAAUAACUAUCUUAUUUGCUUAUUCUUGCAUAGUUUUAUAUUACAAGAAGCCUUGUAAAUGAAAUAACCAAAUUUAGUCAAGGUGCCUUAAUUCAGGUUUUCCUUUAUAUUUCUUGUUUGAGAUUUUUUUUCAAUAUCUGUGUGUGAAUUACAAUUUUUAGUAAUAAAUUU